UCCACGAGAGAGGGGAUGGAGAAGCUGAAGAGUCACGCGGCCAGCCCUUCCAAAGGCAACGACAUCACUGCUUUAGCAGGGAAGCUUAAGCGUGUGGCCCUGAACAUGCCAGUCUGGUUCAGCACGCAGGCCCGGAGGCCCCAUUCAAAGAGCACGGCUCGGUUUGGCAGUCUCAGUCAUCAUGCUUUCUUCUCUCGACACAACCCCCAUCCUCACCGAGUGACUCACAUCCAAGGUCUGAAUGGAGCUCCUGUUUGCACAGUUAAAGAUGAGUGGUCUGUGCAGACCAGUCCUCCUCCUCAUCCAAUGAGAAAAAGUCAGUUUCAAACUGCUGCAUUGGGAAUGCUGGCCAUUCAAAUUCCUAUUGGAGAUCCACAGCCCAUUCCAGUGCCCACGCUAACAAUAGGUUCUUUGUCCGAGGCAUGGCGAGAAGAGCUGAGGGAGCUCGCUGCAAGGGUGAGAGCUGCCUCUUCCACUGGGACAGAGAAAAAAGAGACUACAGAAAAGUCCCAGAGGGAAACACAGUACUCAGAAGAAACAGGGCGUCUCAUCCCGCUGUCCUCCCGAGCCACAACACGCCAUUCAUCCCACUGCCUGCGCAAGAACAAUGCCAGGAAUAAAGGGAAAGAUGCUAUCUUGUCUUUCCAGGGCCAAGAACUAAUCAUUUUGGAGCUGCUGUGUCAGAUCUUGCAGACAGACUCCUUGAUGGCUAUUCAGCAAUGGCUGCUCACCGCUAGCCAGAAGGAAAAGAAUAUUGCCAUGGGAUUGUUGCAGAUUGCAACUGCCAACCUCCAGCUCGAGCCCCAGGAGUUAAUCACAAGCAUGGAAGAGAGACUUGCAUCACAGAUGUCCUCAGAUGCUUCCAAACUACCCAGCCUUGGGCGAAAUCAUUCCACCAGGCUGUCUGUGAUAAGGCACAAACAAGAACCUACUGCAGAGGAAGAGAAGCCAGCGCAUCUCGGCUCUGCAGAGGUUUUCCAGCUCCACCUGUGCCUGGCUGAGAAGCAAAACCAACCAGAGCAGCUGAAGUAA